GUAAAAUCAGUAACGAGUCUUGUUCGUUCUAAUUUGAAAUUUCUACCUUUAAAAAAUUUAAUCGACCGGCUUAUUUUGUGUUCUGUUCUUUUGCUCUGUCAACCCUUAAUCGUGUCUAGUUUAAACUAUAAGACAAACAAAAUUAAUCAACAUGUUUCCAAAGUACUCUCCAUAUAACAUACCAAUCAAAACUUUGAGCAUUAUUUAUGAACAUUUUCGAAUCUUAUACGAGUUUUUCAAAGAGCAAACCUUAUGCGAUGUUCUGUUGUUAUGUGAUGAUGGCGUUCAAAUUACAGCACAUAAAGCAAUCUUGGCAUCUGCUAGCCCUAUGCUAUUAAAAAUGUUCGAUGGUGGCUUUAAAGAGACCAAAGAAAUUAGUAUGCAUAUUAAAGACAUCGAGUCUGAUAUUUUGAAGUCAAUUGUUACUUGUGCAUAUACAUUUCAGAUGGAUAUCCGGGAAAAUAAUAUAGAAAAACUAUUAAGAGCUUCUGACUACUUUCAAUUUAACUAUGCUAAGGAUUUAUGUUACGAUUAUGUUAAAAAAAAUAUAAAUGUCACUAAUUGUCUUAAUUUUAUGAGAUUUGCUGAACCUACAUCACUAAAAGGGCUGUACAACUAUUGUUUCUUGUAUUGUUUAGAAAAUUUCAAAACAAUUAUGGAAACUGAAACACUUUUAAACGAACUAUAUGAAUUCAGUUUUGAUGAUGUUGUUGAGAUUAUAAAAAACGAUCGUUUGCUGGUUGAAUUUGAAGAAAAGAUAUUCGAUUUCAUUAUUAAAUGGAUAAAAUAUGAUGUAGAGGAACGAAGUAAAUAUUUAUCACAUUUACUGAAUUAUUUGAGGUUACCUUUUAUUUCGAAAAAAGCAUUACUACGUAUGUGUGAAGAACCAUUAAUGAAAAGCCAACAUGACUGUUCGUUGGAUAUCAUGAAAAAUUAUUUAUCUGUCGAUGUUGAUGAAAACAUUAUAAAAGCAACAAAGAGGACACCUCAUUUGUAUAAACCAAAUAUUAUUUUCGCUAUUAAAGGUCAAUCCAGCGGAGUUGAUUCUUAUGUAAUGUAUAUGGAUCUGACGCGCGAAAAUGAUUUAAAUUGGAAAUCAUGUAAUUAUUCAUUUUUUUGUCCACCCCGUCGAGGUGCAACUUUGGUCGUUUCGGAAACUGGAAUACUACUUGCAAUUGGAGGUUUUAAUGAAUUAGGAAAAUGGAAUAAUUGUGUUGAUGAACUAGAUCUUACUUCUACUUCAAAAAUGUGGACACCUACAACGCCUUUGCGAAGAUUACGAUAUUAUUUUUCUGUUUGCGCUCAAGGAAAAUAUAUAUAUGUGGUUGGAGGUCGUGAUAAGAUAAUACAUUCAAUGAGUUCAAUAGAAUAUUAUGACACAUAUUCGAAGGAAUGGGCCGAAAUAGAUAUGCCAAUGACCACCGCUCGGAAAUUAUGCAGUUCAAUAAUUCACAACAAUUGUUUGUAUGUUUUUGGUGGAGUUGAUGAAAAAGAUAAGCUGUUUAGUAAUGCAGACUGCUACAAUCUACAAGAAAGAUGUUGGACACAGUGUAAUGCUAUGCCAACACCUACUGCCUUAAUGGGAAUUACAAGUAGAGGAAAUGAUUUAUAUGUAUUUGGCGGUCCUCCUUAUUUAAGAGCCAAUCGAGCUUACAAAAUAAACUUAAAUGAUUUAAAAUGGGAUACGCUUCCUGAAAUGAUCAACCCAAAACUGUUUGCAAAUGCUGUUACAAUUGAAAACGAUUUUUUUGUUGUGGGGAAAAAUACCGCCUGGUGGUACACAAAAAAUGAUGAAGGACCCGAGGGUGUCUUUUGUGAAAGAUUUAUUGCCGAAAAAAACAUAUGGCAAGUGAUUGAGUCAUCGAGUAUACUAAAAGACUAUGAUCACCUAAUUUUUCUUAAUGAUGCGAUAUUGAAAACUUUUAAUAUUGACAAUUUAUAAAAAUGUAAAUAUAAUAUACUACGAAAUUAGAAAACAAUUUUUUUUAAAAGAAAAUCAAAAUUGGUUUAUACUGUGCAAUGAAUUUAUAUAUAUUAUAACCAUUAUACAAGUUUAA